GAUACUGAUAUCACAAGUCUACCCAGAAAAAUAAUGCAAAGAAUAUAAUUAAUGAAUAGUACACCUUACACCCUAAUUGCACUUGCCUUGAACAUAUUCUAAUGGUUGCCAUGAUGAUCUGUUGAAUUUGUACAAUUUUAGGGCAAAAACUAGUAGUGAUUGUUGAAAAGAGAUUUUUUAUUAAAUAAUAACUAGUAUAAUGUGAUAGUAAAAAAAUGUAAAAUUGUUGCUGUUAUGUGGACGUGUUAAAGGUAAACAAGAUUUUGUAAGUUUUUUAUGUAUACUGUCAAAAAUACCUACCAAUAUAAAGGUAGACUUUUAAAAUAUUAUUCUAGCAACACAGUUAUUUCGCGGAUCCCAAGAUGAGUGAACGGAUUUUUGUUGUCAAAUAUAUUUUAUAAAAAUAAAUAUUUAAUAUUAAUUUGCUUAAUAGGAAGAAGAUCCGUAUUUUUACCGGAAUUAAGUAGUGAAGAGUUCGGGUGUGAAGUUUUGUGUUAUUUCCAUUGAUUUAUUAGAGGUUUCUGUCUUGUUUUGUGGCUUCAUUGUUUGAAAUCCUCUCGGCUCGGCAAGAAAGAGGUCUAGGCUCCCGAGUUUGUUCGCGUGAUGUCAUGACUACGGUGCUAUAAUCAAGAGACUGAUAACUUAAGAAGGGGGACACCUGGCAAGACUGACUGGCACCUAUGAUGACAUAGCCGGAAGAUGUCUAAGGUGCUGAGCGCGCUUGGUGGUGCGCUGCCAGAUGAGCGGCCCCUGCUGUCCUUGCAGAUCGUGGAGACGGUGGCCAAGUGUCCUACAGGGUACUGGCCCGUCAGCAGGACGUAUGAUGAAGACGCUGACGCUGGACUACUGCGCCAGAAUGGCUUGUUCGGCAAGAAACCAAGCCACUACAUUUGUUUGUCCAAGUCCGAGGGUGUUCCUGGCUACGUGAUGGACGGUGUAGUGAUAGUGGGGGAGCGAGAGGCAGCUCCGCCCGGGUACAGCGUGGCGGGGCGCGCUGGGAAGAGGCGGCUGUGUACGCGCGUCUCCCGCCCUGCUGCAGCGCGCGCCUACCCGCCUGUGACAGACGUCAUCGUCUGCUCUAAGAUGAGGCAGGCGCCGCAGGGGUUCAUACUCGCUGGUGAGAUAAACGGCAAGAUGGUGUGCUACAAAGUGAGCGGCGGCAGCGCGGACAACUCGCCCACACACAACGAGUACGAGAACGUGGUCACUAACAUCACGCCCGAAGCUAAUAGGAGAUUACGUGUACCAGAGCGGCCACCGAAGCUAUCGCCUCUAGUCUCCGAACUAAACAACUUGAAUCUCAAGCAGUCGCCGACCGCGUACCCUAACAUCGAGGAGUUCACCACGGACCAUGACUACGAAGCCUUAAGUCCGUCAUACAAUAUUAAACCAAGUCGGCCGGCGCCCCGGCCACCGUCAGCGAAAUCCCCGAUCCCACACGGGAGCCCCGCUGGACCGACGUCUCCCGUAGCACAUGGUCGCAAGAAGGGACCCGCGCCCCUACCAAGAAACACCAUAUACCAGACGUUGGGAGGCUACAACGGGAUGGAAGGAGUGCCAUUUUUAUUGAACCCCAAGUUGAGAGGGUUGCCUAGUGAUCAUGUGACACAAUUGCCCGUUAUAAAGCGGCGCACGCGCUUCGAUCUCGACCGUGACUACACCUACAAUUUCAGCGUGGAGCGGCAGACGUGAGACGAAGCGAAACAAACCAUUUUGCCAUAUAAAUAAGGUAUAUUAUACUUGUUCUACGUAGAUAUCAAAUGACCUUACCCUGCGAUUGAAAACAUUGAAUGUAAUAGACAUCACUAUAAAACUAAGUCACUUUACGUCUACCGGUUGAAAGAUAUUUCGCGAAUUUUCUAGAAAAUGCUCAACGAAUAUUCAUAGAAACGUUUGUCCUGCAAUUAGUUUAAAGUGUUCGUACGUGUUCAUCCCUCAAUCCCAUAGAUAGUUGCCAAUGUAUAGUUACACAUGAGUUGUUAAAGUUGAGUGUGGAGUUUCAAUAGUGCUUGAAAUGAGUUCUGCUUUGUCUGUAAGUAGACUCCUAUCCGUUUCAAUACUAAUCCCUUCUUCGAGAAAAGUAAUAAAGUAAUUAUAUUUAGUCAAAUAGCAUCCCAUCUCCAACAUAGACUAUUAUGUUUGAAGUUUGACAGGACAAUGGACUCCUUGACAGAUAUUUAACAAUGUUGCCAGCACUUAAAAUCUAAUAUUACCACGGUAAAAUUUAAAUAUUGUAAAUCGUGACAUUAUAAAUUGGUUGUGUUUGUAAAUGUGACGUUUUCGAGUUAGUCGGCUCAACGUUAGGACUGACGAAUUUGAUUAUAAUUAUGAUUAUAGCGAUUCGUUCACAUAUCCUUAUUGUAUAUUGUAAAUGUGAUGGCUUGGAUGCGGGAGACUGGAUAUUCAAUACAAAAUUAUAAAAAAUACACAACCUGCAUUGAUGGUAUUGAUACAAAAUAUUAUAAUCUAGUUGCCGGAAUAAAAUCUGUUAUAAAUAUAUCAAUAAAAUCUGUUUGCUGAAACUGGCCAGAGGGCUAAGUACGAGUUUGUUGUACCUUCAAAGUAAUCGAAAAGAGUACGCAUUCGGCGCUCUAUGGGAGUGCCGAAUGCGGUCUCGUUCUCGUUCCUAAAAGAAACUCGUACCAAGGCCUCAGAAUGUUACCGUUUAUAUAACUCUUGUAUUGGUACUUACUACAAAGACAAUGUUUCACAUUAUAAAAGAUUGUAUUUAAACAAGGUAUGAGUAUCUAUUGUCUCCUGUUUCCUAGCAUUUAGCGUGUUGACCCUGAGGCCUUGAUCGCGUGUCGAUGUAUAGUUAUAGACUUGCAGAGCUCUAGCAUGGAACAAUACACAUGCCAUGCAAAUACUUCUCUACGAAGACAAUCUUACUAAACAACACUCCCAGACUAUGUGCUCAAUACUACAACACAAUAUAACUUCUGUUUAAACUGUGCUAGAGCUCUUUAUUGAUUGUCAUGUGUCAAUAAACUGUGUAUCAUGAUGCGGAAGCAAUGAGAGUGAAUUUGUAAAAAUAUAAUUAUUAUUGUUUAAUUACAUGAACGACAAAACAUUGUUUAUAUGUAGAAAACAUUUAUUGGUCAAAUAUUAUUAUUAUUAUUAAAUGACUGAAAAUUGCACACAAUUUAAAUUGUAAAAAGAAAGGUUUCGUGUAAAAAAUGUAGGAAAUGAUUAAUUGAUAAAGUAAUCGUAGUGGUACUUGGAAUUAGUUUAAAGUGUAUGGUGUGAUCAUUUUUAUCACCAUCUUUAAAUACAUGGAUACCGGCAGUUGUUUUUUUCGAAAACACAAGACAAUGAUUAGGUAUACGCUUUUAAAGUUGCUACUUCCCGUGUUUCGAUAAGAAGUUGUCCAGAGCGUAAACAGCCCUACCUAUAUGUUUAUAGUUAAAAAGCUCCUUUAUAUACAGACUUCUACAGUUACUCCUGUCGGAAGAAUGCCUUUUUACAAUCUCGAACAGGUAUUGAAAAAUAUCAAUGAAAUAGAAAAAUGAGUAAAUAGUUAGGCCUGCUUUUAUCCAGGUGAAAUCUUAUAAUUUAAUUACAAAAUACGUCCUAUGUCGUUACAGCGUGCAACUGUGAAGGUCUGUAUGUACGAAUGGAGCUGUAUAUUUUAUAGUGUGCAAACCAACAUACUUGUUACAUAAUGUCUGGUCAUUGCCUACUGACUAACUCUAUGACGAUUGGUCUGCGCUUUCCACGUAUUCCUAAUCGUGUCAUAUGAUCAAUAUGACUAUGUUAAUCCGUUGUGUAAAGGUGUCUCUACCUUGUUAGUAGGUUCUCAAGUGUUAACGAAUGGUAACUAUUUACAAAGUAGCGUGUAAUGAAAUGUGCCAAUGCCAGUACAAAGUGUAGGUCUGGUGCCCGGCCGCUCCGCCAGCCAACGACUAGUCAAACAGAACGAAUUUGAUUUACUUGCACCAUUUUAUCGACUGACAUCAAACCAUAUACGCUCACUUGUGUAUACAAUUUUUAUGGCACCCUCAAGUCUAUUUUUAGACAAUAUUCGUUUUGUAUCACUUUCCUUAGGUAUUGUCGGCUUAUAUGUUUAAGUUGUUUUUGACAAUAACCCGGGUGGAAUAAGUAAACACGGUUAUGAAAAGUUGUGAAUGAGUUAUAAGAUCCUUACGUUAGUGUAAUUUAGUUAUUCAUAUUCAACAAUGUAUUUUUUUUGAUAUAUUGCAUGUAUUGAGUUACUCCCGAUUGUUAAUACAGGUAAAUAUAUUACGAUAUGUGAAUUAGAAAAUAUUUAUUAUGUGUAAUGACGAAUGUGGUACUUGAUUUUCCUCGUGUCUAACCUUAAGUAGCACAUGUAUUGUCUUGAGGAAAUAACCGGUGCUGGAGACAAGCGCGUAUGGAAGCACUGAGUGUGAGAUGUGUAGGUAACACGAGUUACCCUGCGGGGUUAUGUCCUAGGUAUAAGCUCAUUGCGCACCACGCACUGCCUGGUCCUGCGUCACAGGAGCCGCGCAGUGUCGGUACGCGAUGGUGGUAACAUACGGUCCAGUUUGCACUAUUGUUUGUCAAUUUGUUGUACAUAUCUUAGCGUAUUGUGUUCGCACGACUGUUAUUUAUUAACUCGAUAAAUAGCUUUACUUGCUUUAUAAUAAAAUCCGUUUAUUUGACUACCCAUUAUAGCCUGUAAAGAGAUUCUGUAAUGCAAUUUUAAAGUAAAUAUUAGACUUGUUUCUAGUUGAACUUGUUAUAGAUUGGAGAUGACAGAAUAGUAUUGUUUUUGUCUCAAAUCCUAUUUGUUUUACUCAAAUAUUUAUUAGUGAUAUUGUAAAUAAUUUAUGUAUAAUGCAAUUAGAAUAUUAGUACGCUUUUUUACACAUUAGAAAUGUAUUUCAUCUGAUAAUUUGUUUAGAAUGACUACGAAGAAAUAAAAUAAAAAUUAAAUUAUUGACUGAUUACAUUGUGUUUUAAU